GCUAGACUUUAACUCUACUAAACACCUUUGGGAUGAAUUGGAUCAUUCAGAUAAUUUGGUAACACUUUACUAUAAGUUCCAUUUGUUAAAAUUAGUUAACUGCAUUAGUUAACAUGAACUUACAAUGAAAAAUACUUUAAUAAAAUAUGAAAAGCAUUUAUUAAUCUUAGUUCAUGAUAAUUUCAACAUUUACUAAUACAUUAUUAAAAUCAAAAGUUGUAUCUGUUCUAUCUGAAUCUGUUGUAAAGAAAUAAUAGGAGCAAAACCACAAAAUUAUUUUAAAAAUGUAGUGCAAAAUUUUAACACAAGAGUGUAAGCUGACCAACUCCCUAUUAACUCCAAUGGUUUUGUAAUUGGGUGUGGCAUUAGGGUGUCCACAUUCUUUUGGCCAUGUAGUAUGUAAGGAUUUAAUUGACGGCAUGAGUAUGUUGCUACAUUCGUUUUUAUAUUAAUAUUAACCACAUUACUAAAACAGUUCCUAAAGGGAAAAAAAAAAAAAAAAACCCACUCGCAGACAUUGCUAAGAUCCAAAAUCAACAGAACCGAACACAACAAAAAACAUGUACACAUAUACAUAUAUAAAAUAAAAUAAAAAUAAAAUGCAUUAAAGUUUCAUAUGAGUGUAAUGAUGGGUCGACAGAAUGUGGAUCCAUUUGCAGCUAGUUUAUUAAAAGUACUUACAGAGUAGACAGGGCAAAGGCAGAGGCAUAAACAGUAACAGGCAAUGGUCGGGGCAGGCGGCAGACAAACAGAGUCAGGGUACAGGCAAGGAUCAGGGCAGGUAGCAAACAAUCACAGUCCAGGAAACAGGCAAAGAUCAGGGUAGGCAGCAAAGGGUCGCAGGGAAUAAACAGUCCAAUCGGUAACAGAUAAACAGUCCACAGAAAAACGCUCAGAAAUGAUCACCUCGGCAAAUCAAGACUUCGCGGUGAGGUGGUGUGUGUGUAAGUCCUUUAUAGUCCAGGUAAUGAUUUGCAGGUGUGUGUGGCACUUGGUGAUUGGUGUGGAGUGUGCAGGUGAUUGGAAGGGAGGAUUAUGGGAAAUGGAGUCCAGGAACUGACAGGAACAGACAGUGAUCGUGACAUAACGCCCCCCUUCCGGAAGGCGCGUCCUCGCGGCGUAAAUGGCACAGAUAGGGAGGGGGGGUGGGUACAUUGGAGACCUGUUGGCAGACGGGAAUGGGGUCUCCAAUGCAGGUCCAGGAACUCGGGCAGCCACGGCGGGUCAGGUGCCACGGGCAGCCACGGCGGGUCAGGUGCCACGGGCAGCCACGGCGGGUCAGGUGCCACGGGCAGCCACGGCGGGUCAGGUGCCACGGGCAGCCACGGCGGGUCAGGUGCCACGGGCAGCCACGGCGGGUCAGGUGCCACGGGCAGCCACGGCGGGUCAGGUGCCACGGGCAGCCACGGCGGGUCAGGUGCCACGGGCAGCCACGGCGUGUCGGGAGGCCACGGCAGGUCAGGAGUGUCGGGAGGCCACGGCAGGUCAGGUGGCUUGGGCGCCCACGGCAGGUCAGGUGGCUUGGGCGACCACGGCAGGUCAGGUGGCUUGGGCGACCACGGCAGGUCAGGGUCCGUAGCUGGCCACAGCAGUUCACAGGCGGUUGAAGGCCGUGGGCGUGUAAGGUCCCCACCCGCAAGCUCAAGCAAUUCGGAGGCCGCUGAUGAUCGCGGCCGUGCAGGGUCCCCACCCACAAGCUCCCCACCCUCAGGUAUAUGGCCCCCCCCCAAAAAGUUCUUGGGGAAUUCAACGGAGGCCGUGGCGGUUUCGUGGGUAAGGAGCUCGGGUGGCGCCGGCAGGGCGAGGAGUUCGGGUGGCGCCGGCAGGGCGAGGAGCUCGGGUGGCGCCGGCAGGGCGAGGAGCUCGGGUGGCGCCGGCAGGGCGAGGAGCUCGGGUGGCGCCGGCAGGGCGAGGAGCUUGGUGCCGGCCUCCGUGGCUGUAUCAGGAAGAGCGGAUUGCUCUGGGACGGCAGCGGGCUGCUCUGGGACGGCAGCGGACUGCUCUGGGACGGCAGCGGGCUGCUCUGGGAUGGCCUCCGGGCCUACAGCGGGCUCUGGGAAGGCCUCCGGGCCUUGAGGGCUGGAGGAAGCCUUCUUCCUCCUCCUCCUCCGUUUGAAUGGUUGAGGCGGUGGCUCUGUGCCUACCUCCUCGGUGGGCGCUGCAGCGGGCUCACGGGGUGGAGCGGACUCACUGGCUGGGACGACCCCUAUGUUCCCAGACACUGGCGGGGCGGCCAUCUUGCCCGUGGGCACUGGCAAAGCAGCCAUCUUGUCCAUAGCAUCCCGAGAGGUUGAGUGCGUCGCAACCGGUGAGCUUGAGUGCGUCGCAACCGGCGAGCUUGAGGGCGUAGCAACCGGCGCGUUUGAGUGCGUAGCAACCGGCGAGCUUGAGUGCGUAGCAACCGGCGAGCUUGAGUGCGUAGCAACCGGCGAGCUUGAGUGCGUAGCAACCGGCGAGCCUGAGUGCGUUGCAACCGGCGGGCUUGAGUGCGAGGCGGCCGGCGGGUUUGAGUGCGAGGCGGCCGGCGGAGGUUUAGGAAUGCCAGCCGCUCGUGCUGAAGUCAGCGGUGGAUCAGCCACACUGGAACGCAACCCUCUCCGCUUCCGGACAGAUCCAGAGACGUGACGUGAUUCUAGACGGUCAACGGAGAUUUGACUUGGCUCUGGAAGAUCAGCGGAGACAUGAUGUGAUGAUGUUGUGGCCGCCAUUUUAUGAAUGCUCUCUGUAGAGGCAGCCAUUACAUGAGGGGAUGAGGUGUCGCGUUCCUCCGCGACACCCACGGUAAAGCUAGAGCCACUCAUCUGUAAUGCCAGAUCUAUAUAUUGUUCUAGCGUCCCAUCAGGGUCAUGCAAUGGCAUGAUGGAACGGAGCGGAUCAGACAGUCCCCCGCGAAAGAAUAUCAUGAGGCAUACAGUGUCAAAGGUGGUUAAGUGUGCCAGUUCAAUAAAGUCCUUGACAUAGUCCUCUACCGUUCUGUCUCCUUGACGGAGACACAUUAACUGGACGGAUGGACUCAUGUUAGCUGAGACAGGAACACUCACGGUAGCUGCUGGAUCUUGUGUGGGCGAAGUCUUCUGUAAUGAUGGGUCGACAGAAUGUGGAUCCAUUUGCAGCUAGUUUAUUAAAAGUACUUACAGAGUAGACAGGGCAAAGGCAGAGGCAUAAACAGUAACAGGCAAUGGUCGGGGCAGGCGGCAGACAAACAGAGUCAGGGUACAGGCAAGGAUCAGGGCAGGUAGCAAACAAUCACAGUCCAGGAAACAGGCAAAGAUCAGGGUAGGCAGCAAAGGGUCGCAGGGAAUAAACAGUCCAAUCGGUAACAGAUAAACAGUCCACAGAAAAACGCUCAGAAAUGAUCACCUCGGCAAAUCAAGACUUCGCGGUGAGGUGGUGUGUGUGUAAGUCCUUUAUAGUCCAGGUAAUGAUUUGCAGGUGUGUGUGGCACUUGGUGAUUGGUGUGGAGUGUGCAGGUGAUUGGAAGGGAGGAUUAUGGGAAAUGGAGUCCAGGAACUGACAGGAACAGACAGUGAUCGUGACAAUGAGGUUUGCGGUUUAAAUUUUUAAAAAGUGACUUAUUUUCUAGCAAUAAACUUCAAUUCAGUAGACAAAGGCCAAAAAAAUAUAUCAAAAACUAGAAACAUCUGUUUUUUGGCACAAAGACAGAAAACCAUUUUGGAGAACAGGAUUGAGGCAGUCUUAAACCUUCGUCUCCAACAUUUGAA